AUGCAGGAUCGAGAUGAGAAAGGCAUUGACACAAAGCCGUAUCUUGAUCGUUAUGAGAAGAUGCUGCAGGAGAUGAAACAAUAUGAAGAGCUUAAGCAAGAGGAGAGCAUUAAAAACAUGUCAGCUAUUACGAAACAGAAGCUGCUUAGCGAACAUUUACAGCAGACUCAAGCUGAGCUAGCUGAAACUCAUGAGAGCAAGGCCAAGCUGUGUGAGGAGAUUGGGAUAUUAAAGCAGACGAAGGAACACCAAUCUAAGCAGCUUGAUAGGUACAAACUAGAUUUGCAGACUGCGCGAGAGUUAAACGCAAUUUUGGUAAAAAAGAUGGAGAAGCUUGAGGCAUCGACGGGAAUCAUCAAACAGCAGUACAUCCGUUCUCUUGCUUUGCGCAUUAAGUCGAGUGCUCUGGCUCUUCAGCAGCUUAAUGUUCUGCACGGAGACUCAUCUCAUGCACGAAUCGCUGAAGUUUGUAGCGAAUUGGGACAAACUGGUCAGAGCAAACGCAAGCGCAUCUCGGCCGUAGAAAUAGACCACCGAGCUUUGGAAGAGGUCGGCAAGCCGGAGCAUGCAGGAAAUGCUGUGAAGAUUGAGUCCAGCGAAGAUAUUCUACAAACGGCAGAUAAUACCAAAAAAGAUAUCGACUGGGAAAGUAAUCGUGACUCGUUGCUUAUUGCAAGCAAUGAUGUGAGCCAACAAAAUAUAGAAGGCACGGAAAGCGAGCAUCAAAUUCAAGAUCUCUUGGCUCAAAUCACAAAACUCGAGACAAAAAAGUCAGCUUUAAAUGACGAAUACACGGCGCUUGAGCUUAAGCAUACCGAGGUGUUGAAUGAUGUCAAUCAGCUGGUUGAAAACAUCAAGGAAAGAGAUUCCAAAAUCGAGGAACUAGAGGGAAUGCUGAAAGUUGCACAUUCGACUCAAUUAGCUGAUGGCAAAAAUGCGAGUGAAGAGAGGACGGCAAUUGAUGGUCGUCUGAAACUGCUUGAGGACAAUUUGUCACAGAUGAAUAGUUACGCUGAUCACCUUGAAAUGGUAAUCGCUCAGUGCCCUGCAUGUACCAAAAAGCUUCAAAAUGAAAGCACACAGGAUUCGGUUUCAAACAAAACCGAGUAA